AUGAGCGAUUCCGAACUGAGUGAUGGUGAGGCAAGCGGUGUUCCAGAGCCGCAGCAGGAGCCUCCGCCAUGGACGGGCGGGAAGAACGCCGUGACCGCGGCCCUCACGGGCGACACUUCCUUCUCGCUCGAGCGGCGAGCGCAGGCCCAGGCCAAGGGGUUCGCAGGCCACCUCAACAGCAUCUUCACGGGCUUCAUCGACAACGUCGUGAUGCCCACGUGGCGCAGCAGCAAGGGCGCGGCCACGAUCGACGUCUUGCGACCCACCACCUCCCACCUGUCUCAGGAUCACUUGCUGCGUGUGUCCUCCAGACCGACAGAGCUGCACGUGCAGCGUGCGCCGUCGACGGGGGACCCCAUCGUGCGGCGCGUGCCGAAGUUUCUGCUCGCGCGGGCGCGCCUGAAGCCCCCGAACGAGGCAAAGCGGCCCCGCCAGCGCCCGGGGGCGCAGGGAGAUGCCAGCGACCUGGUGGCGCGCGCGGGGGCUCGGCUGAAGAUGUCUCGGUACUGGACGAUCGGCGAUCCGGACCCCGAGGGGUGGCUUUGGCGAAAAGACCCCCCCGGGCAGUUCAGCAUAGGCGCUGUGUACGACGUCGACUACCAACAGCUCGCCCCGCACUGCCGCAUCGCCAUCGGCGACACCGUGCGAAUAAGGGUCGCGCCGGACCCCGCGAUCCGGCUGCGGGGCGCGUGGAACAUCCCAAACACCCCGAUGCAGGUCUCCGGCCACUUCGAGUGCCCGAUGGACAACCUCCGGCGCUUCUGGGAGCCCCCGUCGCGCCUGUCGCUGCGCCUGCACUACGCCGUCGGGUCCGGCGUGCACAUCGCCCCCGACGGCCUCGACGUCGACACCAAGUUCCGCCCCGGCGGGAAGGAGUCCAGCACUGUCGUGCACUGCGCUGGCAGUGUGCGCGUACCCCGGGAGCUGCCGAUCCCGGAAGGCGAUCCGAUGUUCGAGGUGGAUCUGCGCCGCCUGGGCGUCAAGACGUCGUGGUGA